AUGCCUCGGUCGGCUGUAGCUGUCCUGUCUCUGCCCCUGCUACUGCUGCUGGUGCGGUCGCUGCUUCAGAUCAGCGCCCGACCAUCCCCAGGCCCGGAUUACCUGCGGCGCAGCUGGCUACGGCUGCUGGUGGAAGGCGAGGGUUGUGCACCCUGUCAGCCGGAAGAGUGCGCUGCGCCACUGGGCUGCCUGGCAGGCCGGGUGCGGGACACGUGCGGCUGCUGCUGGGAAUGCGCCAACCUCGAGGGGCAGCUCUGCGAUCUGGACCCCAGUGCUCACUUCUAUGGGCACUGUGGCGAGCAGCUUGAGUGUCGUUUGGACACAGGUGGAGACCUGAGCCGUGGUGAGGUGCCGGAGCCGGUGUGUGCCUGCCGCUCACAGCAUCCCCUCUGCGGUUCGGAUGGCCGCACCUACGCACAAAUCUGCCGCCUGCAGGAGGUGGCCCUCGCUCGGCCCGAUGCCAACCUUACCGUGGCUCACCAGGGGCCCUGCGAGUCCGAGCCUCAAAUCGUGUCACACCCAUAUGACAUUUGGACUGUGAUGGGACAGGACGUGAUCUUUGGCUGUGAAGUUUUUGCCUACCCUAUGGCUUCCAUUGAAUGGAGGAAAGAUGGCCUGGACAUCCAACUGCCAGGAGAUGACCCCCACAUCUCUGUGCAGUUUAGGGGGGGACCCCAGAGGUUUGAAGUGACAGGCUGGCUGCAGAUCCAGGCUGUGCGUCUCAGUGAUGAGGGUACUUAUCGCUGUCUUGCCCACAAUGCCCGGGGACAGGUGGAGGCCCAGGCUAGCCUGACAAUGCUCACACCGGAGCAGCUGAAUUCCACAGACAUCCCCCAGCUUCGCUCCAUGAGUGCGCUUCCUGAGGAGGAGCCUGAGAGUGAAGAGGUGGAGUACUACUAG